AGCGCAGAAGUGUUUCUAUAGGUAGAGACAACCCAAAUAUUGCUUUUCCCCAAAAUGUCUGUAUAGUUCACAAUUAUCGAUUUUUGUGUAUAAUCAGUGUAUAAAAGUGCGCUACUGGUGGUGAAAAGUGGUACUAUACACCUCAUGAAUAAUUCACACAGCGGAGCUUCUGAUUGGCUGUACUAUACACCUCAUGAAUAAUUCACACAGCGGAGCUUCUGAUUGGCUGACAACCCUCCCCUCAGCAUCGGAUCAACUCUCACCCACUCGGUUCACACUGACUUGGAGGAAGAGACAUGUGCAGGAGAUGGCAACUCUAAGGUCCCGGAGGAGAGUGGUAAAACCCAUCAAUGAGGCGAAGUAUUUCUCGUCCUUGUCGAAAGAUACAAAGAUUUCAACUGAAGCAGCUCCUCCAGUUCCUAAUGCAGCAGGAACAGAGAGUGAUGUCAACAACACUGAACAGUUGACUCCAGACACUGAGCAGCAACAAACUUCUUUGGCCAAUCUUGCAUUAGAGGAUUCAACAGAGAAGAUUUCAACUGAAGCAGCUCCUCCAGUUCCUAAUGCAGCAGGAACAGAGAGUGAUGUCAACAACACUGAACAGUUGACUCCAGACACUGAGCAGCAACAAACUUCUUUGGCCAAUCUUGCAUUAGAGGAUUCAACAGAGAAGAUUUCAACUGAAGCAGCUCCUCCAGUUCCUAAUGCAGCAGGAACAGAGAGUGAUGUCAACAACACUGAACAGUUGACUCCAGACACUGAGCAGCAACAAACUUCUUUGGCCAAUCUUGCAUUAGAGGAUUCAACAGAGAAGAUUUCAACUGAAGCAGCUCCUCCAGUUCCUAAUGCAGCAGGAACAGAGAGUGAUGUCAACAACACUGAACAGAAGAGAGCAAGGCGACCUGUUGAGACCACUCCAGGCGCCUCAGAUGAUGGUGACUCUGCCCUGGAAGGCACGUCUCAAGCAUUACACAAAAACACUGAUGGGAAGGAGAGAGUGCACAGCAGGAGGGAAGUGCGCACACAUUCAGGAAAGAAGAGAGCAAGGCGACCUGUUGAGACCACUCCAGGCGCCUCAGAUGAUGUUGACUCUGCCCUGGAAGGCACACGGCCCCUUGCGUGGGAAAAGGAUCCCAGGAGAAAACAAAAACGGCCGUGGUCACCAACGGAGAUUGCUGCAGUAAUGCGGCAUUUCAGGGUCCACAUAGCCAAAGGGAGUCUAGCCACAAUAAAAGAGUGCAAACUGUGCAAGAUUGCUGAGCAUCCUGCUCUAGCUAAACGAUCUGAACAAAAUUUAAGAGAUUUUGUAAGGAAUCGGGGUAUUGUUGCAAAGAAGUCAUUCAAAGACAUUCGCCCAGUGUUUUAA